GAAGCCUCCGCCGCCGCCGCCGCCGCCGCCACCGUCCCUCCUUUUUUUCCCGGCAGAUCUUUGUUGUGUGGGAGGGCAGCAGGGAUGGACUUGCGCUCGCCGAGCUGCUGAGCCGCCGCGCUUGCACAGGGCGCCGCCGUAGCCGCCGCCCCAGGCCCCUACGGACGCGGCCUCCGCCCGCCCGCACCGUCCCCUGGCCCGGCAGAUGUGCGUGGGGUCAGCCCACGGCGGGGACUAUGGUGAAAUUCCCGGCGCUCACGCACUACUGGCCCCUGAUCCGGUUCCUGGUGCCGCUCGGCAUCACCAAUAUAGCCAUCGACUUCGGGGAGCAGGCCUUGAACCGGGGUAUUGCUGCCGUCAAGGAAGAUGCUGUGGAGAUGCUGGCCAGCUACGGGCUGGCAUAUUCCCUGAUGAAGUUCUUCACAGGGCCCAUGAGUGACUUCAAGAACGUGGGCCUGGUGUUUGUGAACAGCAAGCGAGAUAGGACCAAAGCCGUCCUGUGUAUGGUGGUGGCUGGCGCCAUUGCCGCCGUCUUCCACACCCUGAUAGCCUACAGUGAUUUGGGGUACUACAUUAUCAACAAGCUACAUCACGUGGACGAAUCUGUGGGGAGCAAAACAAGAAGGGCCUUCCUGUAUCUCGCUGCCUUCCCUUUCAUGGAUGCCAUGGCAUGGACACAUGCUGGCAUUCUCUUAAAACACAAAUACAGUUUCCUGGUGGGAUGUGCCUCAAUCUCAGACGUCAUAGCUCAGGUUGUUUUCGUAGCCAUUUUGCUUCACAGUCACCUGGAAUGCCGGGAGCCCCUGCUUAUCCCCAUCCUCUCGCUGUACAUGGGUGCACUUGUGCGUUGCACCACACUGUGCCUGGGCUACUACAAGAACAUCCAUGACAUCAUCCCAGAUAGGAGUGGCCCGGAGCUGGGGGGUGAUGCAACAAUAAGAAAGAUGCUGAGCUUCUGGUGGCCUUUGGCUCUGAUUCUGGCCACACAGCGAAUCAGUCGCCCCAUCGUCAACCUCUUUGUUUCCCGGGACCUUGGUGGCAGCUCCGAGGCUACAGAGGCAGUGGCGAUUUUGACAGCUACCUACCCCGUGGGUCACAUGCCAUAUGGCUGGUUGACAGAAAUCCGUGCUGUCUAUCCCGCUUUUGACAAGAAUAACCCCAGCAAUAAACUGGCAAACACAAGCAGCACAGUCACCGCAGCCCACAUCAAGAGGUUCACGUUUGUCUGCAUGGCGCUGUCACUGACGCUCUGUUUUGUGAUGUUCUGGACCCCCAACGUGUCUGAGAAGAUUUUGAUAGACAUCAUUGGAGUGGACUUUGCCUUUGCAGAACUCUGUGUUGUUCCUCUGCGCAUCUUCUCCUUCUUCCCAGUGCCAGUGACUGUGAGGGCCCAUCUCACUGGGUGGCUGAUGACACUGAAGAAAACCUUUGUCCUGGCGCCUAGCUCUGUGCUGCGGAUCAUCGUCCUCAUCACCAGCCUUGUGGUCCUGCCUUACCUGGGGGUGCAUGGAGCCACCCUGGGCGUGGGCUCCCUUCUAGCAGGGUUUGUGGGAGAGUCCACCAUGGUCGCCAUUGCAGCGUGCUAUGUCUAUCGGAAGCAGAAAAAGAAGAUGGAGAAUGAGUCGGCCACCGAAGGGGAAGACUCUGCAAUGACUGACAUGCCUCCCACAGAGGAGGCGACAGACAUCGUAGAAAUGAGAGAGGAAAAUGAAUAAGCACAGGACACCACGGGGCACGGCAGGGACAGUCGAGACGACACUCAGCAUCAUCUCCUCUCUCCUCCUCCCAUCAUGUUUCUUUCCUCUUUUUUUUUUUUAGUUUUUAUUUUUGGUAACGAAAGAGGCCUUGAUUUAAAGGUUUCAUGUAAAUUCUCUAGCAUACUGGGUAUGCUCACACUGAUGUAGGGACCUAAGAAAGGUCUUUACUGUCACUUUCUACAGAGAACCAUAGACUUCAUGCCUCUGCUUUCAUGAAAACCCAAAAGAUGUAGUUUCUACUCCUCCCUUGGACAAUCUCCACUUUGGAACCAAAGGACUGUGGCUGUGCCAUCACCUCUUGGGCCACAGCUGCCCAGCAGGCCACAUAUUCUUUCUUUCCUGGAUGUUUUCGCCUCUCAGCAGGUUAAAGCUCAGCCUCUUGUGACUUGCUCCCAGAUACCAUGGCUAUACACAGAGAUGUACCCUGGUGGCCCUCCCACUCCCCUUCCACCGCGGAGUCAUGAACUGUCUACCACGCACACACAGGUGGGCAGCACGCUGCAGCCCAGAGGAAAGCCUAUGGCCGCACCAGGCCCGUGUAUGGAAAAAAAUCUGUAGAAAUCAGUUUGCAGUGCCACUGGAGCAGCAAACUGGUGUGAUCAUCAGCAUCCAUGUUGUAUUUUCCUGGUUUCACCAAGUUGCCGCACCCCGCCGUGUAUAUACAUGAGCUGACUUCUCAGAGUUGUCACAGAUGUGCAUCUCCAAAUGUCAGUGCCCUUUCGCAUGACCUCCCCGAAGGCUUGCUUUUCACUCGCCUUUCCUGAAGAUGGCACUAGAGCGAGUUCAGUGGAGCAUUCUAACUUUCCAUUUUGUUUCUACAGUGAAGAGAAGCUUUAAGUCAUAAUCAAGCAUUCUAAUGCCAGGUCGCUGUCUCGUAACUUCUGGAGUAGAUUUAUUACCUGGUUCUGCCAUUCCCAGUCACUCUGCGGUACAGGUAAUUUCGAGUGUAGUACGGUACUUCCCUCACACAUAAAGCAAGACAUUUUAUAAACAAGUAUCAAAGUCACUAUGUGAUAGUCCCUGAAAUAAUGCAUCGGAAAUCCAUUUAGUGCAGUAUAUUUUUCUAAGUUUUGGAAAGCGGGUUUUUUCCUUUAAAAAAAAUUAUGGAUACAGUUCACUAAAUUCUUGAUUUAGUCAAAAUAACUAAACUGAAAGAACCUAAACAAAACAAAUAUUUUAAAGAUAUAAAUAUAUGCUGUAUAUGUUAUGUAAUUUAUUUUAGGCUAUAAUACAUUUCCUAUUUUCGCAUUUUCAAUAAAAUGUCUCUAAUACAAUUCGAUGACUGCCUAUGUGCUCCACAUGCCCACAGAUGACUCACAUUGGACCAAUGACCAUUAUCUUAUUUGCAGCAGUUUUGCAAAGGUCUUGUUUAUGAAUGUAAGAGCUUGUAAAUGCCAAGAAAACGAUUUUCAUGAUUAGCCACCUAGUGGAGGGGGGAGAAAAAGUCCACUGAUGUAGUCAAGUUAAAAGUUGGAAGGGAAAGAGAAACAAAAGGGCAGGCCUCAUGUUUAUUUUUCAGUGCUGUGUAAUCCUGACGUUAAGACUGUAAGGCCAAAGUUGGCCAUCAGCUACAUGGGCUUGCAUUCACAUUUCUGAACAACCAGUGUCCUUUGGAUGCGCCCACUAUGGGGAGAGCCCUGUGUGCCUCCAAGCCGCUUCUCCAUUUACAUAUGUCAGUGCUGAACGUAAAUGUGUAGUUGCUUUGGGGUGAUAUCAGGGGCAGAUCUGAAAAGGUAAUUUAAAAGUCUUACUUGUAUUGGCUUUUUAAAGUACAUGACUAGAAAAUUAAACAGCAGUAUUUUUUAAGA